AUGCGGAAAUUCAAUGCGCAGGCAUCGAUAAAGGCUGACAUCACCUUCCGGUCCAAAAUGCUAUUAGCGGCUUCGGCGGCUGCUUGGCUUGACAAGGAGUACUCUCUCCGUUCACUUGGACUUUCUUUCCCAUGCCUGGUUGAUCGCUUCGGUGGCCAACUCUAUGAACACAAACGCGGGGUGUUUACGAGGAAUGAUGGCGGUUGCUUGCUGGAGGGCGACGACCUUGAGCCCAAAUAUGCGCGGUGGCGCUGUCUGGAACGGACAGCCCAGAAUUAA